UGGGGAAGGAGAGAAAGUUUAGGAUGAAGAGAGGAAAGUUUGAUGCUUUCGUCUCUUUCAGUAGGCAGAGGUCCGUUCAGUUUUUGAUCGUUGUAGGGUUUUUGUAUCUUCUAAUGGUGAGCUUAGAAAUCCCUUUUGUGUUUAACGGCGGUGUUGGCUCCAUUUCGUCUGAUGGUUUCAAUGGGUUUCUCAACGAAGCGUUAUCUCUUCCUUUCCGGCUUGAGAGUGAAGAGGAGACAUUGGUAAAAGAAGCACCAAAUCGACCUUCUAAGGUUCCUUUUAGGGUUUCACAGAGUACUUUCCAACCAUCGCAGCCCAGAACACUUGAGAGACGGAUGGGAGAGCACAAGACAAUCUCGGGUUUAAUUUUUCAGGACAGCACAUCUAGUAGUAGUAAAGAUGGGUUUUCUGGGCUUCUAAAGUCCGCUAGGGAUGCAUGGGUAAUAGGGAAACAGCUAUGGGAAGAGCUGGAGUCGGAGAAUGGGAAGUUCGAAGAGGAGAAGAGGAAAAAGGAGAAUCGAUCCGAGUUUUGUCCACAUUCAAUUUCGCUUACUGGGUCCGAAUUUCAGAAUCGCGGUAAAAUUAUAGUUCUUCCAUGCGGGCUUACUCUGGGAUCACACAUUACGUUGGUGGGGACACCGCUUCCGGCUCACGCUGAGUCUGACCCGAAGAUUACCCUCCCUAAAGGAGAUGAUCAGUCAGUUAUGGUCUCACAGUUCAUGGUGGAGUUGCAGGGACUGAAGACUGUUGAUGGUGAAGAACCUCCAAGGAUUUUGCACUUUAAUCCUAGGUUGAAGGGAGACUGGAGUGGGAAGCCGGUUAUCGAACAGAAUACUUGCUAUAGGAUGCAGUGGGGGUCAGCACUUCGGUGCGAGGGCUGGAAAUCUAAGGCUGACGAGGAAACUGUUGAUGAACUGGUCAAGUGUGAGAAAUGGAUCCGUGAUGAUGACAAUCACUCGGAGGAGUCAAAAGCAAUAUGGUGGUUAAACCGGUUGAUUGGCCGAACAAAGAAGGUUACAGUUGAUUGGCCAUACCCAUUUGCUGAGGGCAAGUUGUUCGUACUCACGCUUAGUGCAGGAUUGGAAGGUUAUCAUUUCAAUGUUGAUGGAAGGCAUAUUACCUCUUUCCCUUAUCGCACUGGAUUUGUUCUUGAGGAUGCCACUGGCCUAUCGCUGAAUGGGGAUAUUGAUAUACACUCCAUAUUUGCUGCUUCCUUGCCAACAUCACAUCCAAGUUUUGCUCCACAGAAGCUACUCGAGAUGUCGAGUAGAUGGCAAGCCCCGCCGCUUCCUGAUGAGUCUGUGGAGCUUUUCAUUGGUAUCCUCUCUGCUGGUAACCAUUUUUCUGAGAGAAUGGCAAUUAGGAAAUCCUGGAUGCAGACAAAACUCAUCAGGUCUUCACAAGUUGUUGCUCGGUUCUUUGUGGCACUGAAUGGAAGAAAAGAGAUAAAUAUAGAGCUAAAGAAAGAAGCAGAGUUCUUUGGUGAUAUUGUUAUAGUUCCUUUUAUGGAUAGCUAUGACCUUGUGGUUCUGAAGACAGUUGCCAUCUGUGAAUAUGGGGUUCGCAUGGUAUCUGCGAAGUAUAUCAUGAAGUGUGAUGAUGACACAUUUGUCAGGAUAGAUCCAGUGCUCAGGGAAGCAAAGAAAGUCCCCAGAGAUAGGAGCCUAUAUGUAGGGAACAUAAAUUACUAUCACAAGCCCUUGCGUGCGGGUAAAUGGGCAGUGACAUAUGAGGAAUGGCCAGAAGAAGAUUACCCACCCUAUGCGAAUGGGCCUGGCUACAUUGUGUCAUCCGAUAUUGCACACUUUGUUGUAUCCGAGUUUGAGAGUCACAAGCUAAGACUGUUCAAAAUGGAAGAUGUGAGUAUGGGAAUGUGGGUAGAACAGUUCAACAGCACAAGGCCGGUGGAGUACGUUCACAGCUCGAGGUUCUGCCAAUUUGGGUGUAUUGAUGACUACCUCACAGCACACUAUCAGUCUCCUAGGCAGAUGACCUGUAUGUGGGACAAAUUGCAACAAGAAGGACGACCUCAAUGCUGCAAUAUGAGAUGAUGAUGAUGAUGUUUCUGCAGCUGAUGAUUGGUUGACAGAGACAACGAUGAUC